UCUGCUUCGCCUCCAUUCAAUCCGACUGGGCAGGUCAAGUCUUCAUAAUUUGAAUGAAAUCAGCGAUUGCUCCAUAGGCACCUACCAAAGUCAGCCAUUGUUUUUCAAAAGCAAGUUUUGAAUCUUGCGAUUAAUGCCCAUUACAGAGUAAUUGCCCCUGGACACGUUCCGGUAACCAAUGGGUUGAAAUAGGGAGAGCACUCUUGUUGAAAUAAGAUGCGUUGUCCGUUCCGGAAGUCUUUCACCAAAUUUGACCUCUCGGCUUUGGUUGUCAUGGGUAAGUAGGUCAUAGGGCUAUUUUGUCUCAGCAGGUAGGACAUAUUUUUAUAUUGUCAUGUUUAAGUAGGGCACACGCUUUAGUUGUCACAGGUAAGUAGGUCUGAUGGUUACGUUGUCACGGGUAAGUAGGUCUGAUGGUUACGUUGUCACGGGUAAGUAGGUCUGAUGGUUACGUUGUCACGGGUAAGUAGGUCUGAUGGUUACGUUGUCACAGGUAAGUAGGUCUGAUGGUUACGUUGUCACGGGUAAGUAGGUCUGAUGGUUACGUUGUCACGGGUAAGUAGGUCUGAUGGUUACGUUGUCACGGGUAAGUAGGUCUGAUGGUUACGUUGUCACGGGUAAGUAGGUCUGAUGGUUACGUUGUCACGGGUAAGUAGGUCUGAUGGUUACGUUGUCACGGGUAAGUAGGUCUGAUGGUUACGUUGUCACGGGUAAGUAGGUCUGAUGGUUACGUUGUCACGGGUAAGUAGGUCUGAUGGUUACGUUGUCACGGGUAAGUAGGUCUGAUGGUUACGUUGUCACGGGUAAGUAGGUCUGAUGGUUACGUUGUCACGGGUAAGUAGGUCUGAUGGUUACGUUGUCACGGGUAAGUAGGUCUGAUGGUUACGUUGUCACGGGUAAGUAGGUCUGAUGGUUACGUUGUCACGGGUAAGUAGGUCUGAUGGUUACGUUGUCACGGGUAAGUAGGUCUGAUGGUUACGUUGUCACGGGUAAGUAGGUCUGAUGGUUACGUUGUCACGGGUAAGUAGGUCUGAUGGUUACGUUGUCACGGGUAAGUAGGUCUGAUGGUUACGUUGUCACGGGUAAGUAGGUCUGAUGGUUACGUUGUCACGGGUAAGUAGGUCUGAUGGUUACGUUGUCACGGGUAAGUAGGUCUGAUGGUUACGUUGUCACGGGUAAGUAGGUCUGAUGGUUACGUUGUCACGGGUAAGUAGGUCUGAUGGUUACGUUGUCACGGGUAAGUAGGUCUGAUGGUUACGUUGUCACGGGUAAGUAGGUCUGAUGGUUACGUUGUCACGGGUAAGUAGGUCUGAUGGUUACGUUGUCACGGGUAAGUAGGUCUGAUGGUUACGUUGUCACGGGUAAGUAGGUCUGAUGGUUACGUUGUCACAGGUAAGUAGGUCUGAUGGUUACGUUGUCACGGGUAAGUAGGUCUGAUGGUUACGUUGUCACAGGUAAGUAGGUCUGAUGGUUACGUUGUCACGGGUAAGUAGGUCUGAUGGUUACGUUGUCACGGGUAAGUAGGUCUGAUGGUUACGUUGUCACAGGUAAGUAGGUCUGAUGGUUACGUUGUCACAGGUAAGUAGGUCUGAUGGUUACGUUGUCACAGGUAAGUAGGUCUGAUGGUUACGUUGUCACAGUUAAGUAGGUCUGAUGGUUACGUUGUCACGUGUAAGUAGGUCAAUGGUUUUGUUGCCUUUGGUAAGUGUCAUAGAGUUUUGUUGUCAUGGGUAAGUAGGUCAGUGGUUUCGUUGUCUUGGGUAAGUGUCAUGGGUGGAAGGUCCUAGGCUUUGUCAUGGGUGGUAGGUCUUAGGCUUUGUCAUGGGUGGUAGGUAUUAGGCUUUGUCAUGGGUGGUAGGUCUUAGGCUUUGUCAUGGGUUGUAGGUCCUAGGCUUUGUCAUGGGUGGUAGGUCAUAGGCUUUGUCAUGGGUGGUAGGUCUUAGGCUUUGUCAUGGGUGGUAGGUCUUUGUCUUUGUCAUGGGUAGUAGGUCUUAGGCUUUGUCAUGUGUGGUAGGUCCUAGGCUUUGUCAUGGGUGGUAGGUCUUGGGCUUUGUCAUGGGUGGUAGGUCUUAGGCUUUGUCAUGGGUGGUAGGUCUUAGGCUUUGUCAUGGGUAGUAGGUCUUGGGCUUUGGUUGUCAUGAGUAGUAGAUCUUGGGCUUUGGUUUUCAUUGGAAGUAGGUCUUGGGCUUUGGUUGUCAUUGGUAGUAGGUCUUGGGCUUUGGUUGUCAUUGAUAGUAGGUCUUUGGUUUUGUCAUGGUUAGUAGAUCUUGGGCUUUGGUUGUCAUUGGUAGUAGGUUUUGGGUUUUGGUUGUCAUUGAUAUUAGGUCUUGGGUUUUGUCAUGGUUAGUAGGUCUUGGGCUUCGGUUGUCAUUGGUAGUAGGUCUUGGGCUUUGGUUGUCAUUGAUAGUAGGUCUUGGAUUUUGUCAUGGUUAGUAGAUCUUGGGCUUUGGUUGUCAUUGGUAGUAGGUCUUGGGCUUUGGUUGUCAUGGUUAGUAGGUCUUGGGCUUCGGUUGUCAUUGGUAGUAGGUCUUGGGCUUUGGUUGUCAUUGAUAGUAGGUCUUGGGUUUGUCAUGGUUAGUAGAUCUUGGGCUUUGGUUGUCAUUGGUAGCAGGUCUUGGGCUUUGGUUGUCAUGAGUAGUAGGUCUUGGGCUUUGGUUGUCAUUGGUAGUAGGUCUUGGGCUUUGGUUGUCAUGGGUAGUAGGUCUUGGGUUUUGGUUUUCAUGCGUACAGGGUGUUGACAAGCAAAAGCUGUGCCUGGGACAAAUAAUGGAUUAAGGCGCCUUAUUCCCCUUCUAUUAACAUAUACUAAUAUUUCGCAUGACACAUGACAAUUGUUGGAGCCCGGGGUUGUUGCCCCCCCCCACCACCACUUUCGAACAGCCAUAGACGGGAAGUCAACUGACUUGAUCGCUAUAUCCGGAACAAUGCAAGAUGAUCGAACUGGCUUUGUUUCACUCUUGUUUUCAAUUAGCGCUUCUGAUGGGAAUUGAGCCAGUCGGGCGCCAUUCUAUUUUUGUAAUCCUGUGAUGGGAAGCAGCGUGUUUAAUGUUCAGCAUAUAUUGUGGUGAUAGAUUAAAGAAAAAAAAUAUCUUAUAUAAAUUACGCUUCUGGUGUGACUCGUGGACUGCUUCCGAGUAGACUGCUUGCUAAUCAGCGAAUUUGGUAUUGAGAGUAUAUUAAAAAUAAUUCUUUAUGUUAGAAAGAAAGUAUGGUUCAAUAAUGAGUUCAAUAGCGUGCAAAAUAUAAUUCCUUGUAACUACUAGAAAUGAUUUUUAAAUAACGGAACUACGUUUGGCGUAUAUUUUUUUUUUUUCCCGUAACAUGAAAUCAUCUCAGGAUGAUGUGAGAAAAAAUAUUCGGUUUAAAAGUGGUUUUGGACAUCAGAAUACUUUAUACAGUUCAUGGACGUGAAAUAAAAAGUGUCCAGUGACCUAUCAUGGGGGAAGGGGUGUAGUGAAAAUUAAAGAUUAUUAAAUGUGCGUUCCUUGAGUUCAUGUUUUGUCAGGUAGCUUUAGUUGAUGGGAAGCUCACGUAUUGCCCUCGUCAAUGUUUGGCGGGCUAUAGCUAGUAAUAGUUAUUGCUUUAGCUGUUGUAUUUCAAUUCAGUGAGCUGAAUAAGACAUCUUAUGAAUAAUAACAUUGGAAUGAAUUUUGACUUUUAAUAUUUGUUUUUUUUAAAUUUAGCCAUUUAUAUUAAGUUGCGCAUUUUCAGGCACUAAGAAUAUGAAUAUUAAAAUGCUAUUUUUUUUCUUCUUUUCACGACAGGUUGUUUAACAGUUGCAUUUCCGGGUUUUGGCCGCUCUUCUAAUGGUGAGUUGCAUUGUAGACAAAUUUGGAUCAACAGAUGGCCCACAUACACUCAUUUGUUAUUACGGUGGACCAGCCGUAGGUCCGCUGAGAUAUUUUUGGUGCUCCACGCUCCCAUACAAAAAUAUUACAUAUUUUAAAUAUAGUUAUAAAAAAAAUAUAAUAAUUGUUUUUUGUGGUCAAUUGUUUCGGGACACUUUAGGAGACAGAGUUGUAUGUUGUUUUGAUUACAACAUUAGUACUGCCGGUCCGUGCUCGCAUUGAGUACAAAAUCGCAACAUUGUGCUACCGCUGCUUACAUGACCUGGCGCCGUCUUAACUGAAAGAGCUGCUUACGCCUUAUGUACCCACUAGAGAGCUCCGCUCAUCCGAUAGUGGCAAACUCUCGACACCCCGUGUUUGCCUUGAGACUUACGGAAAGCGCACUUUCGCAUUUGCUGGUCCAACAAUUUGGAACGCCCUUCCAGUCGAUCUCAGAAACAACCAGACACUGGAGUCCUUAAAAACCAAUUUAAAGACACACCUAUUUCGCAAACACCUUCUGGGAUGAUUGUCAACCUUAUUUUCCAGUUAAUGCAUGAUGGCUGUGUUGCUUGGGGUUGAAAUGGCUAGAGAGACUUUGCCAUUGUAUGCUAGUAAUUAGUUUUUGUAGUGUUGCGUUUGUUUAGUGGUAAAUUAUAGAUUUGUUUUUUGUUGACUUUGUACCGCGCUUCGAGCCUUUGGGGAUGAAGCGUGUUUUUGAAAUGAACUUUAUUAUUAUUAAUAUUAUUAUUACUGAUAACAUACAGCUCUGAUCCGUAGGCUUUUUAAGACUUAUGUCUGGAAUGUUUAGCUUGCAUAAAUCUUUUGCGAAAUGUGUUGAAUGAAAUCAUUUGUCUGAAAAAUCGAGUCCAAAAUGUGUCCACGCUUCGAAUUUAAAAUUUGUUCCAAUUUCUUACAAUUAAAAAGUUCACAAAUUUGGAGACUGUAUAAAAAGUUCUUAUAGGGGGAGACUAAUAAAAUGUUUAUAUUGUCUGAGACCAUAAAAAGUUCUUAUAGGGGGAGACUAAUAAAAUGUUUAUAUUGUCUGAGACCAUAAAAAGUUCUUAUAGGGGGAGACUAAUAAAAUGUUUAUAUUGUCUGAGACCAUAAAAAGUUCUUAUAGGGGGAGACUAAUAAAAUGUUUAUAUUGUCUGAGACCAUAAAAAGUUCUUAUAGGGGGAGACUAAUAAAAUGUUUAUAUUGUCUGAGACCAUAAAAAGUUCUUAUAGGGGGAGACUAAUAAAAUGUUUAUAUUGUCUGAGACCAUAAAAAGUUCUUAUAGGGGGAGACUAAUAAAAUGUUUAUAUUGUCUGAGACCAUAAAAAGUUCUUAUAGGGGGAGACUAAUAAAAUGUUUAUAUUGUCUGAGACCAUAAAAAGUUCUUAUAGGGGGAGACUAAUAAAAUGUUUAUAUUGUCUGAGACCAUAAAAAGUUCUUAUAGGGGGAGACUAAUAAAAUGUUUAUAUUGUCUGAGACCAUAAAAAGUUCUUAUAGGGGGAGACUAAUAAAAUGUUUAUAUUGUCUGAGACCAUAAAAAGUUCUUAUAGGGGGAGACUAAUAAAAUGUUUAUAUUGUCUGAGACCAUAAAAAGUUCUUAUAGGGGGAGACUAAUAAAAUGUUUAUAUUGUCUGAGACCAUAAAAAGUUCUUAUAGGGGGAGACUAAUAAAAUGUUUAUAUUGUCUGAGACCAUAAAAAGUUCUUAUAGGGGGAGACUAAUAAAAUGUUUAUAUUGUCUGAGACCAUAAAAAGUUCUUAUAGGGGGAGACUAAUAAAAUGUUUAUAUUGUCUGAGACCAUAAAAAGUUCUUAUAGGGGGAGACUAAUAAAAUGUUUAUAUUGUCUGAGACCAUAAAAAGUUCUUAUAGGGGGANUAGACACAUUUGUGUCUAUUGCCUCAAGCCUUCAAACCCCUAGUGCAUAAUUUCCUCAUCACCACCAGUAACAGAAACAUUGCAAAUCCCAUCUACAUGCAUAGGAGCCAAAAUGAUCAAUAAAUUGAUCGUGGGCCCUUAAGAUAUAGAAGAAGAAGAAGAAAAUGUUUAUAUUGUCUGAGACCAUAAAAAGUUCUUAUAGGGGGAGACUAAUAAAAUGUUUAUAUUGUCUGAGACCAUAAAAAGUUCUUAUAGGGGGAGACUAAUAAAAUGUUUAUAUUGUCUGAGACCAUAAAAAGUUCUUAUAGGGGGAGACUAUAAAAUGUUUAUAUUGUCUGAGACCAUAAAAAGUCCAGCAUGAAGAUCAUUGACUUUGCAUAAUACCAUCAUGAAAAACCUUAUAGAGUAAUGGAUCACCAUCCCAUCAGUGCUAAAUAAAUCUAUCGUGCCAGAAACUACCCCCCCCCACCACUAACACACACCCAGGGGAACACGACAUUUUCCACCAGCCCCGAACAAAUAUCACAGAUGACCGGAAGCGUGUCUAGUCCCGUUUUAACUAACAUUUACUUCUGACGUCAUGAGGUUAUUGAAUGAGCCAAAACAUUAUCUCCAACGUCAUCCUGCUGUCAUAGAUAAUGGCAAAUAAUGGCUCUUUCUUUUUGCUAGUAAUAUAGGAACCAAUUAUUUCAUUAUCUGUUUGAAACCCUUAAACAAAGUUAGUAUAACUGAUUUAUAACAUGUAUUAUCGAACACUAGGGUUGGGGCUGAAAAUUUGACAAAACAUGCUUACAAGUAAUGCAAUGUAUGAGAAUCCCAAUCAAUCCAACCCCACCCUAUUAACUGCACAUUUUUUUCACGUCCAUGAGAAAUAGAAAUAACCUAAUGUCCCCCCACGCCCCCCCCCCCACUGUUACACCGCAGAUUUAUCUCACCAACUAUUUCAGAAAGGCAAAAGAAAAUAUUACGCACCAAACGAACUUGCGAUAUUAAAAGAAAAAAAGAAUCUCAUUAAGCGCAGAUAGCGGUAAUUUUAUUUGAUAAAAUAAUUGUCAUAAUGUAUCCUUGAUCUUCCCCUUGAAAAAUAGGGAAAAACAACAACAACUGAUUUUUUGUGGUGGUGGUGGUGGUGGUGGUGGGGGUGGGGGUGGUGGUGGAGGUGGUGGUGGUGGGGGUGGUGGUGGUGGUGGUGGUGGUGGUGGUGGUGGUGGUGGUGGUGGUGGUGGUGGUGGUGGUGGGGGUGGGGGUGGUGGUGGUGGUGGUGGGGGUGGUGGUGGUGGUGGUGGUGGUGGUGGUGGUGGUGGUGGUGGUGGUGGUGGUGGUGGUGGUGGUGGUGGUGGCGGCGGGGGUGGUGGCGGUGGUGGUGGUGUUGGUGGUGGUGGUGGUGGUGGUGGUGGGGGUGGUGGUGGGGGUGGUGGUGGUGGUGGUUUUUUUUGGUUUGUUUUGGGGGUGAGGGUGGGGGCUGAAAAUUUACAAGAAUGUGUUGUCAUCGGCAACGAGUCAAUGCGCUUGGUUUCAGCUCGAUAGGUUAACGGGAAGUCGGUCAAUCAGCCUUCUUAAGAUUUUACCCCAAAAUUCACAAAAGCGAAGUUAAUAUCUAAAUAUAUAAUUCGCCAACAAAGGUCAAAAAACAAGGCGGGUGAAACACCACGCAGGCUAUUUAUAGAUAUGUCAGAGUGUGGUUCAAUAAUGAGUUCACUAGCGCGUAAAAUAAAAUUCCCGAUAACUACGCUAAAUGAUAUAUAUGUAUUUUUAAUAACGCAAUUGCGUUUGGUGCGUAAUAUUUUCUUUGCGGAAAUGAAAUCGUCUCAAUUUAAAUAUUGUGUAAAAAAAUAUUCGGUUUAAAAGUGGUUGGGACAUGAGAAUAUUAAUAUAGUUCAUGGGCGUGAAAUAAAAAGUGUGCAGUGACGUAUCAAGGGGGGAAUGGGUGCAGCAAAUAUUGGGAUUCUUAAAGUUGCGUUACUUGAGUUCAUGUUUUGUCUGGUAAGUUUAUUGUAUGAUUGGAAGUUCACGCAUUGCGGUCGCCAAUGUUUGGCGGGCUAUAUCACAGUUGUAUCCUCAAACCCACCCCAUUUGGACAGAUGUGUCUUUCACGAAGUCUUCACUCAUCAAUGAGCAAUUCUGCGGCGUAUCCUACGCCGAGGGCCGACUAGUCAAGUAUAUAAAAAAAGGAAAAUACUAGACUAUUUAUAAAAUAGAGAACGGCAUCUGUCGGGAAAUUGACGAAAAAAUCAAGACGUCUGAAAUUGAUUUUUAGAGCUCGUGACGUCCUGCUGCGAUGCCAGAAAAUUGACGUCAGUAGCAGAAGUGAAAUGUCAAGAGACUAGAGAUUGGGUCUAAAUAAUUCAAUCAAUAUUCACCAACAGUUAAAUAAAUUUCUCAGUCGUCGGAAAGAUAAUGUUUUAAAUAGACUUUAAUGCAAGAAAAUAAUCUCAUACACAAUGGGUUGAUGUCUCUGAGAUGUUUGUGUUAAGACACAUACGAAACUAUGAGAUGUUUAUGUUAAGACACAUAAUAAAGUGUAAGAUUUUUAUGUCGAGACAGGUAAAAAGUGUGAGCUGUUUAUGUUGAGACAUGAAAUUUUUUUGAGAUGUUUAUGUUGAGACAGUUAACAAGGUGUGAGAUUUUUAUGUCGAGACAGGUAAGAAAGUGUGAGAUGUUCAUGUUGAGACACAUAAGAAAGUGUGAGAUGUUUAUGUUAAGACACAUAAGAAAGUGUGAGAUGUUUAUGUGAGACACAUAAGAAUGGGUGAGAUGUUUAUGUGAGACACAUAAGAAAGGGUGAGAUGUUUAUGUUGAAACAUUUAAAAAAGUUUGAGAUGUUUAUGUUGAGACAGUUAACAAUGUGGGAGAUUUUUAUGCCGAGAGAGGUAAAAAAAAAUUUACUAUGUUUAUGUUGAGACACAUAAGAAGGUGUUAGAUGUUUAUGUUGAGACACAAGAAAUAGUGAGAUGUGCAUGUUGAGACACAUUUGCAAGUGACACUUAGACUAGGCAAGGGAGAAUGAAAACGGGAUUUGUGCUAUCAGAACAGAAACAUUAUUUGACGGAAAGAUAAUUAAUAACAUUUAACAAAUGAAGAAAUUGUAAGACAUUGCUGUGUUUACAUCUAAAUGAACAGAAACACGUUACCCACAGACCUGCAGUUGGCAAAACAUUGAUGGAAUAACUGGAUUAACCCCCGUUACCCACAGACCUGCAGUUGGCAAAACAUUGAUGGAAUAACUGGAUUAGCCCCCGUUACCCACAGACCUGCAGUUGGCAAAACAUUGAUGGAAUAACUGGAAUAACCCCCGUUACCCACAGACCUGCAGUUGGCAAAACAUUGAUGAAAUAACUAGAUUAGCCCCCGUUACCCACAGACCUGCAGUUGGCAAAACAUUGAUGAAAUAACUGGAUUAACCCCCGUUACCCACAGACCUGCAUUUGGCAAAACAUUGAUGGGAUAACUGGAUAAACCCCCAUUACCCACAGACCUGCUGUUGGCAAAACAUUGAUGGAAUAACUGGAUUAGCCCCCGUUACCCACAGACCUACAGUUGGCAAAACAUUGAUGGAAUAACUGGAUUAGCCGUGUUACUUUAACGGCCUUCGCCUUAAAAUAAAAACUUCAGCAAAGUGCAGUAGUGACAUGGGGAAAAGGCUGCCAAGAUUUCAGCUGAGAGUUGGCGUUGUCCUAGAAAUGUUUGGGAAGGGGGGAAGGGUGGGCAAGGUAGUCAGCUAACAUCAAGGCUGAAUCUCUGCUCUCACAUAUUAUCUUCCUUUUCCUGGACUUUCUCUAGAAAUCUGCUAUCUUACAGUCUACCAUGGUAAUAAAGGGAAAAGAGUUCCAUCAAGUUAGGUAAAAGGAAAUUAUCGGAAAAGAGUAUGGAGAAACCUGAAAAAUAGGACGCAACAAAACAAGGAAAGUGUCGGUAGGAAACCUUCUUCAGUGAACAAAGAACAGUCAAAACAAAAUACAUUUAAAAAAGAAAAACACUUAGCUGCAAUGUAGUAUCUGAUAGGACAGCAAGAGAAAUGUGACAGAACUUAAGUAGGUGAGAGGACAUCAAGAGGAAUGUGACAGAACUUAAGUAGGUGAGAGGACAGCAAGAGAAAUGUGACAGAGCAUAAGUAGGUGAGAGGACAGCAAGAGAAAUGUGACAGAACUUAAGUAGGUGAGAGGACAGCAAGAGAAAUGUGACAGAACUUAAGUAGGUGAGAGGACAGCAAGAGGAAUGUGACAGAAUUUAAGUAGGUGAGAGGACAGCAAGAGAAAUGUGAAUGGGCAUAAGUAGGUGAGAGGACAGCAAGAGAAAUGUGACAGAACUUAAGUAGGUGAGAGGACAGCAAGAGGAAUGUGACAGAGCAUGAGUAGGUGAGAGGACAGCAAGAGAAAUGUGACAGGGCAUAAGUAGGUGAGAGGACAGCAAGAGAAAUGUGACAGAACUUAAGUAGGUGAGAGGACAGCAAGAGACAUGUGACAGAACUUAAGUAGCCGAUAGGACAGCAAGAGAAAUGUGACAGAACAUGAGUAGUUGAUAGGACAGCAAGAGAAAUGUGACAGAACAUGAGUAGUUGAUUGGACAGCAAGAGAAAUGUGACAGAACAUGAUUAGUUGAUAGGACAGCAAGAGAAAUGUGACAGAAAAUUAGUAGUUGAUAGGACAGCAAGAGAAAUGUGACAGAACAUGAGUAGUUGAUAGGACAGCAAGAGAAAUGUGACAGAAUAUGAGUAGUUAAUAGGACAGCAAGAGAAAUGUUACAGAAUAUAAGUAGGCGAGAGAUUAAAUACAUGCACAAUCGGAGGGAAGAGGGGAAGAGUAAAUCCACUGCUAGUGGUGGUAACGAGGAGGAGGCGGAGAAAAGGUUUAACAUGUGAAUGAGAACAUGAGACUCGUGCCAUGUGUGCCAAGGUUCCAACAAACUGAUCCAGAUUACUACUUGUUAAGUCUACUGUCUUAAAAUCUAAUACUUAUUCAGUCCGCUGUCUCAUGAAAUGCAGCUCGAUUAGUCUGUUGUCUUACAAUCUUGCUACUUUUUUAAGUUAGAAGAAUCUCGAGGCACUAUGAUUCAAUGCAGACAUGUAGACAGUUCUCACCCCAUUGAAUCCACAUCUUGUAGAUAAAUGCUGUAAAAACAUAUUAUUUUGGAAUCUACAAUGCUUUUAAAUUAGUUACAACUGCCUUCUUUGCCAACCGGAUAAAUUAUUUUAAAAUCUUGAAGCGACUUCUGCUUGUCACAAAAGGACGUCAGUACGGCCACGCAAGAGUGUGGUACUCGCUUGUCACUAAAUGACGUCAGUAGCGACUGUCAUUGCUUGUCAUUAAAUGACGUCAGUACGGCCAAGCAAGUGUGUGGUAACAUCUGUCAUUGCUUGUCACUACAUAACGUCAGUGACAUCUGUCAUUCCUUGUCACUAAAUGACCCCAGUGUCAUAUAUCAUGGUGUGUCACGAAAGGACGUCAGUGACAUCAAUCAUUUCACUUAAGAUGUCAAAAACGUUACUAAACCCCUUUAAAAACAAUCCCACCAUUCAAAUUUGACAUGACACAUGCAAGGACGCUUUUUAUCGUUUUUUUAAAUUUUAUUUCAGUUCCAGACACUUGUGGCGAUUACUUCUUCCUGCCGACGUUUCUGGAGUGUGACCUAUAUUUAGAAGCGGUUCGUUGCUUUAACAACAAUCACACAGUAAUCGUCACCAUGGCAACGCCCUCAGGAGACUUCCUCCACAGUUUUGAGCCGAGCCAUGGAGAGUCGUCUGAGCAGUCUCUUAGGUGUGGAGAGUCGUCUGAGCAAUCUCUUAGGUGUAUAAGCAAGAACAAAUAUCCAGGUAAGAGCUUAGACUCAUACUGGUGUCCAUCCUUUUGCAGUUAAACACUUAGACUCAGUCUUCUGUCCAGUAAAACAGUUGGACUCAUUCUGAGUCCAGUUAAACACGUAGACUCAUACAGUGUCCAGUUAAACAAUUAGACUCAUAUUUCAUCCAGUUAAACACUUAGACACAUCCUUGUGUCUAGUUAAACACUUGGACUCAUACGGUGUCCAGUUAAACAGACUCAUCCUGUGUCCAGUUAAACACUAGACGCUCCGUGUGAAGUUUAACAUCAAGUCCCACCUCUAUCCAGUUAAACUCAAAUUCUGACUCUGUAAUUAUGAAGCUGUGGCUCUGUGAUGUGGCUCUGUGCUGUGGCUCUGUGCUGUGGCUCUGUGCUGUGUAACAUUCAUCACACCUGCUGAUGGUACAAGCCAGGCGUCACGUGACCCAAUGACCAGACCUAAAAACGUGCUAUAACUUUAAGUAAUUAAGUUUACAAAAAAUGAUCUCCCCUUAACUUCUUGUUAGUAGAAUUGAUGAAUUCAGAAUCCGAUCACGGCCAGACUUAAGAUUUUGGUUAGCUUCUUAAGACAAAGUUCUAGUCCCGUCUAGUGCAGUGUCUUAAAAUUCUGCAUUAUGACCACACAAAAAUGACAACUUUCCUAGCUGGCAACAAUAUAGGGCAGCGUUUCCCAAACUUUUAAGUUUCACGGACCGGUAGAAAAGCUUCACGGACCGGUAGACAAGCUUCACGGACCGGUAGACAAGCUUCGCGGACCGGUAGACAAGCUUCACGGACCGGUAGACAAGCUUCACGGACCGGUAGACAAGCUUCACGGACCGGUAGACAAGCUUCACGGACUGGUAGACAAGCUUCGAAACUGCACAAGGGACCGGCGCCCGAUUUAUUAAUUACAUUUUUUUUCUAUUUAAACAUCACUAUUCAUAUUCUCUGGACCGGUAACGUAAGGCUUGCGGACCGGUGCCGGUCCACGGACCACCGUUUGGGGACGCUGGUAUGUGGCACCUGUGGAAAGUACUGAAAAUGUCCCCCUGUCUUAACUGCACCCACAUCCACUUCAGGUUGGGGAAAAAAUGGUUGGGGGGUGCAAUGAUCUGAAAGGGAAAUGAAGGGCUUGGGGGGGGGGGUUGGUGGUGGAGGGGGGAGUGGUUUAAAGUAUUUCUCAAAAGGCAGUCUGGUCAAAUUGACACCACGUUUAGACUUAGAGUCAGUGUACUACUCUAACUUUCGUCUGAUAUCCAGGCAAAAAAAUAAAAUAAAAUAAAAUAGUGUAUCAUAUACAUGCGAAACUAAAAAAUUAGAUAUUGUCUGAGCAGGUAAAAAUAAAAAAGAGAUAUAAUCUGAUAUUCAGGCCAAAACAAAAAAAAAUAAAGAUAUUGUCUGAUAUCCAGGCCAAAAUAAAUUUAAAAAAAGGUAUUGUCUGAUAUCCAGAGUUUUAAAGUACCUGGCUUAUAGCGACAGUUCGUAAAAAACUGAGGCUUGAAGAAAUGGUUUUAAAAAAAGACAAUUAUACUCUAUAAGUUUUUGCCAAGGACUAGUCUAGAGGAUUUCCCGGUAAAAUUUUUGUUUACUUAAAAUCGUCCGCGAUACUGCUUGAGAACCCCUAGCUCUGACUGUGCUUUAGUCAGGUUUAAAAUAGUCAGUGAUACUGCUUGAGAACCCUUAGCUCUGACUGUGCUUUAGCCAGGUUUAAAAUAGUCAGUGAUACUGCUUGAGAACCCCUAGCUCUGACUGUGCUUUAGUCAGGUUUAAAAUAGUCAGUGAUACUGCUUGAGAAGCCUUAGCUCUGACUGUGCUUUAGCCAGGUUUAAAAUAGUCAGUGAUACUGCUUGAGAACCCUUAGCUCUGACUGUGCUUUAGUCAGGUUUAAAAUAGUCAGUGAUACUGCUUGAGAACCCCUAGCUCUGACUGUGCUUUAGUCAGGUUUAAAAUAGUCAGUGAUACUGCUUGAGAACCCCUAGCUCUGACUGUGCUUUAGUCAGGUUUAAAAUAGUCAGUGAUACUGCUUGAGAACCCCUAGCUCUGACUGUGCUUUAGUAGGGUUUAAAAUAGUCAGUGAUACGCUUGAGAACCCCUAGCUCUGACUGUGCUUUAGCCAGGUGUUUUGUUGAUUAAUGUUAACGCAAGCAAAGCCAUUAUUGAGAAACGAGAGUAUUACUGUAGAUAACAGGUAACAAAGGCGUCACGGCCGGAAAGGGGGGUGGGGAAUGAAUUGGGGGGGGGGGAGGGUAAGCUGUUGACCUGGCUUUUACAUGACGUUAUUGUGAUUGGAUCAUUAGCUCGUAAGGGAGAGGGUGGGGAGGUUAUUCAUCAGUGUGUAAAUAUAGAACAAAGAACAUUUUUGAUGGUUCAAUCCUGUUGCAAAUUUCAAUACUUACAGUAAUAAUUACUGUUAUAGCAGAUUCAGGCACUCCACACAUGUGGAUAAAAUGUAAUUAGAAAGACAUUUUGUUGUCCAGGCUUAAAUGCAACAAUGUCACUUCAGUAGAGUCAUAUGAAGCUACAUCAUCACUGAGUAGAGUCAUAUGUAGCUACAAUAUCACUUGAGUAGAGACACAUGUAGCUACAUCAUCACUGAGUAGAGUCAUAUGUAGCUACAAUAUCACUUGAGGAGAGUCACAUGUAGUUACAAUAUAUCUUGAGUAGAGUCACAUGUAGUUACAAUAUCACUUGAGUAGGGUCACAUGUAGUUACAACAUCACUUGAGGAGAGUCACAUGUAGUUACAAUAUCACUUGAGUAGAGUGACAUAUAGUUACAACAUCACUUGAGGAGAGUCACAUGUAGUUACAAUAUCACUUGAGUAGGGUCACAUGUAGUUACAACAUCACUUGAGGAGAGUCACAUGUAGUUACAAUAUCACUUGAGUAGGGUCACAUGUAGUUACAACAUCACUUGAGGAGAGUCACAUGUAGUUACAAUAUCACUUGAGGAGAGUCACAUGUAGUUACAACAUCACUUGAGGAGAGUCACAUGUAGUUACAAUAUCACUUGAGUAGUUUCACAUGUAGUUACAAUAUCACUUGAGUAGAGUCACAUGUAGUUACAAUAUCACUUGAGUAGUUUCACAUGUAGUUACAAUAUCACUUGAGUAGGGUCACAUGUAGUUACAAUAUCACUUGAGUAGUUUCACAUGUAGUUACAAUAUCACUUGAGUAGAUUCACAUAUAGUUACAAUAUCACUUGAGGAGAGUCACAUGUAGUUACAACAUCACUUGAGGAGAGUCACAUGUAGUUACAAUAUCACUUGAGUAGUUUCACAUGUAGUUACAAUAUCACUUGAGUAGGGUCACAUGUAGUUACAAUAUCACUUGAGUAGUUUCACAUGUAGUUACAACAUCACUUGAGGAGAGUCACAUGUAGUUACAAUAUCACUUGAGUAGAGUCACAUGUAGUUACAACAUCACUUGAGUAGGGUCACAUGUAGUUACAAUAUCACUUGAGGAGAGUCACAUGUAGUUACAAUAUCACUUGAGGAGAGUCACAUAUAGUUACAAUAUCACUUGAGGAGAGUCACAUGUAGUUACAACAUCACUUGAGGAGAGUCACAUGUAGUUACAAUAUCACUUGAGUAGUUUCACAUGUAGUUACAAUAUCACUUGAGUAGAGUCACAUGUAGUUACAAUAUCACUUGAGUAGUUUCACAUGUAGUUACAAUAUCACUUGAGUAGGGUCACAUGUAGUUACAAUAUCACUUGAGUAGUUUCACAUGUAGUUACAAUAUCACUUGAGUAGAGUCACAUAUAGUUACAAUAUCACUUGAGGAGAGUCACAUGUAGUUACAACAUCACUUGAGGAGAGUCACAUGUAGUUACAAUAUCACUUGAGUAGUUUCACAUGUAGUUACAAUAUCACUUGAGUAGGGUCACAUGUAGUUACAAUAUCACUUGAGUAGUUUCACAUGUAGUUACAACAUCACUUGAGGAGAGUCACAUGUAGUUACAAUAUCACUUGAGUAGAGUCACAUGUAGUUACAACAUCACUUGAGUAGGGUCACAUGUAGUUACAAUAUCACUUGAGGAGAGUCACAUGUAGUUACAAUAUCACUUGAGGAGAGUCAUAUGUAGUUACAAUAUCACUUGAGUAGAGUCACAUGUAGUUACAAUAUCACUUGAGGAGAGUCACAUGUAGUUACAAUAUCACUUGAGGAGGGUCACAUGUAGUUACAACAUCACUUGAGUAGAGUCACAUGUAGUUACAACAUCACUUGAGUAGGGUCACAUGUAGUUACAAUAUCACUUGAGGAGAGUCACAUGUAGUUACAAUAUCACUUGAGGAGAGUCACAUGUAGUUACAAUAUCACUUGAGGAGAGUCACAUGUAGUUACAAUAUCACUUGAGGAGAGUCACAUGUAGUUACAAUAUCACUUGAGGAGAGUCACAUGUAGUUACAAUAUCACUUGAGGAGAGUCACAUGUAGUUACAAUAUCACUUGAGGAGAGUCACAUGUAGUUACAAUAUCACUUGAGGAGAGUCACAUGUAGUUACAAUAUCACUUGAGGAGAGUCACAUGUAGUUACAAUAUCACUUGAGGAGAGUCACAUGUAGUUACAAUAUCACUUGAGGAGAGUCACAUGUAGUUACAAUAUCACUUGAGGAGAGUCACAUGUAGUUACAAUAUCACUUGAGGAGAGUCACAUGUAGUUACAAUAUCACUUGAGGAGAGUCACAUGUAGUUACAAUAUCACUUGAGGAGAGUCACAUGUAGUUACAAUAUCACUUGAGGAGAGUCACAUGUAGUUACAAUAUCACUUGAGGAGAGUCACAUGUAGUUACAAUAUCACUUGAGGAGAGUCACAUGUAGUUACAAUAUCACUUGAGGAGAGUCACAUGUAGUUACAAUAUCACUUGAGGAGAGUCACAUGUAGUUACAAUAUCACUUGAGGAGAGUCACAUGUAGUUACAAUAUCACUUGAGGAGAGUCACAUGUAGUUACAAUAUCACUUGAGGAGAGUCACAUGUAGUUACAAUAUCACUUGAGGAGAGUCACAUGUAGUUACAAUAUCACUUGAGGAGAGUCACAUGUAGUUACAAUAUCACUUGAGGAGAGUCACAUGUAGUUACAAUAUCACUUGAGGAGAGUCACAUGUAGUUACAAUAUCACUUGAGGAGAGUCACAUGUAGUUACAAUAUCACUUGAGGAGAGUCACAUGUAGUUACAAUAUCACUUGAGGAGAGUCACAUGUAGUUACAAUAUCACUUGAGGAGAGUCACAUGUAGUUACAAUAUCACUUGAGGAGAGUCACAUGUAGUUACAAUAUCACUUGAGGAGAGUCACAUGUAGUUACAAUAUCACUUGAGGAGAGUCACAUGUAGUUACAAUAUCACUUGAGGAGAGUCACAUGUAGUUACAAUAUCACUUGAGGAGAGUCACAUGUAGUUACAAUAUCACUUGAGGAGAGUCACAUGUAGAUACAAUAUCACUUGAGGAGAGUCACAUGUAGAUACAAUAUCACUUGAGGAGAGUCACAUGUAGUUACAAUAUCACUUGAGGAGAGUCACAUGUAGUUACAAUAUAGCUUGAGUAGAGUCACAUAUAGUUACAAUAUCACUUGAGUAGGGUCACAUGUAGUUAAAACAUCACUUGAGGAGAGUCAUAUGUAGUUACAAUAUCACUUGAGUAGUUUCACAUGUAGUUACAAUAUCACUUGAGUAGUUUCACAUGUAGUUACAACAUCACUUGAGGAGAGUCACAUGUAGUUACAAUAUCACUUGAGUAGGGUCACAUGUAGUUACAACAUCACUUGAGGAGAGUCACAUGUAGUUACAAUAUCACUUGAGUAGGGUCACAUGUAGUUACAAUAUCACUUGAGGAGAGUCACAUGUAGUUACAACAUCACUUGAGUAGGGUCACAUGUAGUUACAAUAUCACUUGAGGUCUCAGUGUACAUCAAUGUUAUAGUGAACUCCUCAGUCACAUGUAGUUACAAUAUAGCUUGAGUAGAGUCACAUAUAGUUACAAUAUCACUUGAGUAGGGUCACAUGUAGUUAAAACAUCACUUGAGUAGGGUCACAUGUAGUUAAAACAUCACUUGAGGAGAGUCAUAUGUAGUUACAACAUCACUUGAGUAGUUUCACAUGUAGUUACAAUAUCACUUGAGUAGUUUCACAUGUAGUUACAACAUCACUUGAGGAGAGUCACAUGUAGUUACAAUAUCACUUGAGUAGGGUCACAUGUAGUUACAACAUCACUUGAGUAGGGUCACAUGUAGUUAAAACAUCACUUGAGGAGAGUCACAUGUAGUUACAAUAUCACUUGAGUAGGGUCACAUGUAGUUACAAUAUCACUUGAGGAGAGUCACAUGUAGUUACAACAUCACUUGAGUAGGGUCACAUGUAGUUACAAUAUCACUUGAGUAGGGUCACAUGUAGUUACAACAUCACUUGAGGAGGGUCACAUGUAGUUACAAUAUCACUUGAGUAGGGUCACAUGUAGUUACAACAUCACUUGAGGAGAGUCACAUGUAGUUACAAUAUCACUUGAGUAGGGUCACAUGUAGUUACAAUAUCACUUGAGUAGAGUCACAUAUAGUUACAAUAUCACUUGAGGAGAGUCACAUGUAGUUACAACAUCACUUGAGGAGAGUCACAUGUAGUUACAAUAUCACUUGAGUAGUUUCACAUGUAGUUACAAUAUCACUUGAGGAGAGUCACAUGUAGUUACAAUAUCACUUGAGGAGAGUCACAUGUAGUUACAAUAUCACUUGAGGAGAGUCACAUGUAGUUACAAUAUCACUUGAGGAGAGUCACAUGUAGUUACAAUAUCACUUGAGGAGAGUCACAUGUAGUUACAAUAUCACUUGAGGAGAGUCACAUGUAGUUACAAUAUCACUUGAGGAGAGUCACAUGUAGUUACAAUAUCACUUGAGGAGAGUCACAUGUAGUUACAAUAUCACUUGAGGAGAGUCACAUGUAGUUACAAUAUCACUUGAGGAGAGUCACAUGUAGUUACAAUAUCACUUGAGGAGAGUCACAUGUAGUUACAAUAUCACUUGAGGAGAGUCACAUGUAGUUACAAUAUCACUUGAGGAGAGUCACAUGUAGUUACAAUAUCACUUGAGGAGAGUCACAUGUAGUUACAAUAUCACUUGAGGAGAGUCACAUGUAGUUACAAUAUCACUUGAGGAGAGUCACAUGUAGUUACAAUAUCACUUGAGGAGAGUCACAUGUAGUUACAAUAUCACUUGAGGAGAGUCACAUGUAGUUACAAUAUCACUUGAGGAGAGUCACAUGUAGUUACAAUAUCACUUGAGGAGAGUCACAUGUAGUUACAAUAUCACUUGAGGAGAGUCACAUGUAGUUACAAUAUCACUUGAGGAGAGUCACAUGUAGUUACAAUAUCACUUGAGGAGAGUCACAUGUAGUUACAAUAUCACUUGAGGAGAGUCACAUGUAGUUACAAUAUCACUUGAGGAGAGUCACAUGUAGUUACAAUAUCACUUGAGGAGAGUCACAUGUAGUUACAAUAUCACUUGAGGAGAGUCACAUGUAGUUACAAUAUCACUUGAGGAGAGUCACAUGUAGUUACAAUAUCACUUGAGGAGAGUCACAUGUAGUUACAAUAUCACUUGAGGAGAGUCACAUGUAGUUACAAUAUCACUUGAGGAGAGUCACAUGUAGUUACAAUAUCACUUGAGGAGAGUCACAUGUAGUUACAAUAUCACUUGAGGAGAGUCACAUGUAGUUACAAUAUCACUUGAGGAGAGUCACAUGUAGUUACAAUAUCACUUGAGGAGAGUCACAUGUAGUUACAAUAUCACUUGAGGAGAGUCACAUGUAGUUACAAUAUCACUUGAGGAGAGUCACAUGUAGUUACAACAUCACUUGAGGAGAGUCACAUGUAGUUACAAUAUCACUUGAGUAGAGUCACAUGUAGUUACAAUAUCACUUGAGUAGAGUCACAUGUAGAUACACUAUCAUUUGAGUAGAGUCACAUGUCGUUACAAUAUCACUUGAGGAGAGUCACAUGUAGUUACAAUAUCACUUGAGUAGGGUCACAUGUAGUUACAACAUCACUUGAGGAGAGUCACAUGUAGUUACAACAUCACUUGAGUAGAGUCACAUGUAGUUACAAUAUCACUUGAGGAGAGUCACAUGUAGUUACAACAUCACUUGAGGAGAGUCACAUGUAGUUACAAUAUCACUAGAGGAGAGUCACAUGUAGUUACAAUAUCACUUGAGGAGAGUCACAUGUAGUUACAACAUUACUUGAGGAGAGUCACAUGUAGUUACAAUAUCACUUGAGUAGAGUCAAAUGUAGUUACAACAUCACUUGAGGAGAGUCACAUGUAGUUACAAUAUCACUUGAGGAGAGUCACAUGUAGUUACAACAUCACUUGAGGAGAGUCACAUGUAGUUACAAUAUCACUUGAGGAGAGUCACAUGUAGUUACAAUAUCACUUGAGGAGAGUCACAUGUAGUUACAAUAUCACUUGAGGAGAGUCACAUGUAGUUACAAUAUCACUUGAGGAGAGUCACAUGUAGUUACAAUAUCACUUGAGGAGAGUCACAUGUAGUUACAAUAUCACUUGAGGAGAGUCACAUGUAGUUACAAUAUCACUUGAGGAGAGUCACAUGUAGUUACAAUAUCACUUGAGGAGAGUCACAUGUAGUUACAAUAUCACUUGAGGAGAGUCACAUGUAGUUACAAUAUCACUUGAGGAGAGUCACAUGUAGUUACAAUAUCACUUGAGGAGAGUCACAUGUAGUUACAAUAUCACUUGAGGAGAGUCACAUGUAGUUACAAUAUCACUUGAGGAGAGUCACAUGUAGUUACAAUAUCACUUGAGGAGAGUCACAUGUAGUUACAAUAUCACUUGAGGAGAGUCACAUGUAGUUACAAUAUCACUUGAGGAGAGUCACAUGUAGUUACAAUAUCACUUGAGGAGAGUCACAUGUAGUUACAAUAUCACUUGAGGAGAGUCACAUGUAGUUACAAUAUCACUUGAGGAGAGUCACAUGUAGUUACAAUAUCACUUGAGGAGAGUCACAUGUAGUUACAAUAUCACUUGAGGAGAGUCACAUGUAGUUACAAUAUCACUUGAGGAGAGUCACAUGUAGUUACAAUAUCACUUGAGGAGAGUCACAUGUAGUUACAAUAUCACUUGAGGAGAGUCACAUGUAGUUACAAUAUCACUUGAGGAGAGUCACAUGUAGUUACAAUAUCACUUGAGGAGAGUCACAUGUAGUUACAAUAUCACUUGAGGAGAGUCACAUGUAGUUACAAUAUCACUUGAGGAGAGUCACAUGUAGUUACAAUAUCACUUGAGGAGAGUCACAUGUAGUUACAAUAUCACUUGAGGAGAGUCACAUGUAGUUACAAUAUCACUUGAGGAGAGUCACAUGUAGUUACAAUAUCACUUGAGGAGAGUCACAUGUAGUUACAACAUCACUUGAGGAGAGUCACAUGUAGCACAUGUAGAUACAACAUCAUUUGAGGAGAGUCACAUGUAGUUACAACAUCACUUGAGGAGAGUCACAUGUAGUUACACUAUCACUUGAGUAGGGUCACAUGUAGUUACAACAUCACUUGAGGAGAGUCACAUGUAGUUACAACAUCACUUGAGUAGGGUCACAUGUAGUUACAACAUCACUUGAGGAGAGUCACAUGUAGUUACAAUAUCACUUGAGGAGAGUCACAUGUAGUUACAAUAUCACAUGAGUAGGGUCACAUGUAGUUACAACAUCACUUGAGGAGAGUCACAUGUAGUUACAAUAUCACUUGAGGAGAGUCACAUGUAGUUACAACAUCACUUGAGUAGGGUCACAUGUAGUUACAAUAUCACUUGAGGAGAGUCACAUGUAGUUACAAUAUCACUUGAGGAGAGUCACAUGUAGUUACAACAUCACUUGAGGAGAGUCACAUGUAGUUACAAUAUCACUUGAGUAGGGUCACAUGUAGUUACAACAUCACUUGAGGAGAGUCACAUGUAGUUACAAUAUCACUUGAGUAGAGUCACAUGUAGUUACAAUAUCACUUGAGGAGAGUCACAUGUAGUUACAAUAUCACUUGAGGAGAGUCACAUGUAGUUACAAUAUCACUUGAGGAGAGUCACAUGUAGUUACAAUAUCACUUGAGGAGAGUCACAUGUAGUUACAAUAUCACUUGAGGAGAGUCACAUGUAGUUACAAUAUCACUUGAGGAGAGUCACAUGUAGUUACAAUAUCACUUGAGGAGAGUCACAUGUAGUUACAAUAUCACUUGAGGAGAGUCACAUGUAGUUACAAUAUCACUUGAGGAGAGUCACAUGUAGUUACAAUAUCACUUGAGGAGAGUCACAUGUAGUUACAAUAUCACUUGAGGAGAGUCACAUGUAGUUACAAUAUCACUUGAGGAGAGUCACAUGUAGUUACAAUAUCACUUGAGGAGAGUCACAUGUAGUUACAAUAUCACUUGAGGAGAGUCACAUGUAGUUACAAUAUCACUUGAGGAGAGUCACAUGUAGUUACAAUAUCACUUGAGGAGAGUCACAUGUAGUUACAAUAUCACUUGAGGAGAGUCACAUGUAGUUACAAUAUCACUUGAGGAGAGUCACAUGUAGUUACAAUAUCACUUGAGGAGAGUCACAUGUAGUUACAAUAUCACUUGAGGAGAGUCACAUGUAGUUACAAUAUCACUUGAGGAGAGUCACAUGUAGUUACAAUAUCACUUGAGGAGAGUCACAUGUAGUUACAAUAUCACUUGAGGAGAGUCACAUGUAGUUACAAUAUCACUUGAGGAGAGUCACAUGUAGUUACAAUAUCACUUGAGGAGAGUCACAUGUAGUUACAAUAUCACUUGAGGAGAGUCACAUGUAGUUACAAUAUCACUUGAGGAGAGUCACAUGUAGUUACAAUAUCACUUGAGGAGAGUCACAUGUAGUUACAAUAUCACUUGAGGAGAGUCACAUGUAGUUACAAUAUCACUUGAGGAGAGUCACAUGUAGUUACAACAUCACUUGAGGAGAGUCACAUGUAGUUACAAUAUCACUUGAGGAGAGUCACAUGUAGUUACAAUAUCACUUGAGGAGAGUCACAUGUAGAUACAAUAUCACUUGAGGAGAGUCACAUGUAGUUACAACAUCACUUGAGGAGAGUCACAUGUAGUUACAACAUCACUUGAGGAGAGUCACAUGUAGUUACAACAUCACUUGAGGAGAGUCACAUGUAGAUACAAUAUCACUUGAGUAGGGUCACAUGUAGUUACAAUAUCACUUGAGGAGAGUCACAUGUAGCACAUGUAGAUACAAUAUCACUUGAGUAGGGUCACAUGUAGUUACAAUAUCACUUGAGGAGAGUCACAUGUAGCACAUGUAGAUACAACAUCACUUGAGUAGGGUCACAUGUAGUUACAAUAUCACUUGAGGAGAGUCACAUGUAGUUACAACAUCACUUGAGGAGAGUCACAUGUAGUUACAACAUCACUUGAGUAGGGUCACAUGUAGUUACAACAUCACUUGAGGUCUCAGUGUACAUCAAUGUUAUAGUGAACUCGAGAGUCACAUGUAGUUACAAUAUCACUUGAGGAGAGUCACAUGUAGUUACAAUAUCACUUGAGGAGAGUCACAUGUAGUUACAAUAUCACUUGAGGAGAGUCACAUGUAGAUACAAUAUCACUUGAGGAGAGUCACAUGUAGAUACAAUAUCACUUGAGGAGAGUCACAUGUAGAUACAACAUCACUUGAGGAGAGUCACAUGUAGAUACAAUAUCACUUGAGGAGUGUCACAUGUAGAUACAACAUCACUUGAGUAGGGUCACAUGUAGUUACAACAUCACUUGAGGAGAGUCACAUAUAGUUACAAUAUCACUUGAGUAGGGUCACAUGUAGUUACAACAUCACUUGAGGAGAGUCACAUGUAGUUACAAUAUCACUUGAGUAGAGUCACAUGUAGUUACAACAUCACUUGAGGAGAGUCACAUGUAGUUACAAUAUCACUUGAGUAGGGUCACAUAUAGUUACAACAUCACUUGAGGAGAGUCACAUGUAGUUACAACAUCACUUGAGGAGAGUCACAUGUAGCACAUGUAGAUACAAUAUCACUUGAGGAGAGUCACAUGUAGAUACAACAUCACUUGAGGAGAGUCACAUGUAGUUACAAUAUCACUUGAGUAGGGUCACAUGUAGUUACAAUAUCACUUGAGGAGAGUCACAUGUAGUUACAACAUCACUUGAGGAGAGUCACAUGUAGUUACAAUAUCACUUGAGUAGGGACACAUGUAGUUACAACAUCACUUGAGUAGAGUCACAUGUAGUUACAAUAUCACUUGAGGAGAGUCACAUGUAGUUACAACAUCACUUGAGUAAGGUCACAUGUAGUUACAACAUCACUUGAGGAGAGUCACAUGUAGAUACAAUAUCACUUGAGGAGAGUCACAUGUAGAUACAAUAUCACUUGAGUAGAGUCACAUGUAGUUACAACAUCACUUGAGGAGAGUCACAUGUAGUUACAAUAUCACUUGAGGAGAGUCACAUGUAGUUACAACAUCACUUGAGUAGGGUCACAUGUAGUUACAAUAUCACUUGAGGAGAGUCACAUGUAGAUACAAUAUCACUUGAGUAGAGUCACAUGUAGUUACAACAUCACUUGAGGAGAGUCACAUGUAGUUACAAUAUCACUUGAGGAGAGUCACAUGUAGUAGAUACAAUAUCACUUGAGUAGGGUCACAUGUAGUUACAAUAUCACUUGAGGAGAGUCACAUGUAGCACAUGUAGAUACAACAUCACUUGAGUAGGGUCACAUGUAGUUACAAUAUCACUUGAGGAGUGUCACAUGUAGUUACAACAUCACUUGAGGAGAGUCACAUGUAGUUACAACAUCACUUGAGUAGGGUCACAUGUAGUUACAACAUCACUUGAGGAGAGUCACAUGUAGUUACAAUAUCACUUGACGAGAGUCACAUGUAGUUACAAUAUCACUUGAGGAGAGUCACAUAUAGUUACAACAUCACUUGAGGAGAGUCACAUGUAGUUACAACAUCACUUGAGGAGAGUCACAUGUAGUUACAACAUCACUUGAGGAGAGUCACAUGUAGUUACAAUAUCACUUGAGGAGAGUCACAUGUAGUUACAACAUCACUUGAGGAGAGUCACAUGUAGUUACAAUAUAACUUGAGGAGAGUCACAUGUAGCACAUGUAGAUACAACAUCACUUGAGGAGAGUCACAUGUAGUUACAACAUCACUUGAGGAGAGUCACAUGUAGUUACAAUAUCACUUGAGGAGAGUCACAUGUAGUUACAAUAUCACUUGAGGAGAGUCACAUGUAGUUACAAUAUCACUUGAGGAGAGUCACAUGUAGUUACAAUAUCACUUGAGGAGAGUCACAUGUAGUUACAAUAUCACUUGAGGAGAGUCACAUGUAGUUACAAUAUCACUUGAGGAGAGUCACAUGUAGUUACAAUAUCACUUGAGGAGAGUCACAUGUAGUUACAAUAUCACUUGAGGAGAGUCACAUGUAGUUACAAUAUCACUUGAGGAGAGUCACAUGUAGUUACAAUAUCACUUGAGGAGAGUCACAUGUAGUUACAAUAUCACUUGAGGAGAGUCACAUGUAGUUACAAUAUCACUUGAGGAGAGUCACAUGUAGUUACAAUAUCACUUGAGGAGAGUCACAUGUAGUUACAAUAUCACUUGAGGAGAGUCACAUGUAGUUACAAUAUCACUUGAGGAGAGUCACAUGUAGUUACAAUAUCACUUGAGGAGAGUCACAUGUAGUUACAAUAUCACUUGAGGAGAGUCACAUGUAGUUACAAUAUCACUUGAGGAGAGUCACAUGUAGUUACAAUAUCACUUGAGGAGAGUCACAUGUAGUUACAAUAUCACUUGAGGAGAGUCACAUGUAGUUACAAUAUCACUUGAGGAGAGUCACAUGUAGUUACAAUAUCACUUGAGGAGAGUCACAUGUAGUUACAAUAUCACUUGAGGAGAGUCACAUGUAGUUACAAUAUCACUUGAGGAGAGUCACAUGUAGUUACAAUAUCACUUGAGGAGAGUCACAUGUAGUUACAAUAUCACUUGAGGAGAGUCACAUGUAGUUACAAUAUCACUUGAGGAGAGUCACAUGUAGUUACAAUAUCACUUGAGGAGAGUCACAUGUAGUUACAAUAUCACUUGAGGAGAGUCACAUGUAGUUACAAUAUCACUUGAGGAGAGUCACAUGUAGUUACAACAUCACUUGAGGAGAGUCACAUGUAGUUACAAUAUCACUUGAGGAGAGUCACAUGUAGUUACAACAUCACUUGAGUAGAGUCAAAUGUAGUUACAAUAUCACUUGAGGAGAGUCACAUAUAGUUAUAGCGUCACUUUUAAUACUGUUCAUUGUUUUACUAACUUGCAUGACAGAGCUAUGAGUAAGUUCUUGGUUUUGUUGAGAACCAGCAUAAUAACUAAUUACAACAUUAUUAGUAACUAGAAUAAAUGACCCGAUGUUAUCGGGAUAAUAAUGGGAGAUCCUUUGCGAUAAUUUCUAACUGCUAUUGCAAAGACUGAUCACAAUUCAGAAGCAUUUUUGGCAUCUGCUAUAGGGACCAUAUGUCCAAUGAUGCAGUUAAAGACAGUGUUUGCCAGGCAAAUGGGGGAGUACGAUGACCUACUGGUGACUGUGGAAAAAUGCAAACUACAAUGGUACGGCCACGUAACAAGGAAGCAAGGGCUUGCCAAAGAAAUAUUGCAGGGCACCACAAGAGGAGGGAGAAGAAGAGGAACACAAAGAAAUAGAUGGGAGGAUAACAUCAAAGAGUGGACAGGACUAACACUGGGCAAGGCUGUGCUUUUCAAAGUGCAGAAGACAGAGACGAAUGGAGGAGGAUAGUUCACAUGUCAUCUGUGGUGCCCCAACGGUCCAAAGGCUAAGGGACAUGAUGAUGAUCACAAUUCAUAACUUUAAAAAUGUCAUGAUAUUUAUGUUUCUAACAUCACUGGGUUUUGAGAAGUAUUGAUCUGCUUAUUAUUAUAGGCCUACCCUACUCCCUUUCGCGCUCCUAAACUACUUUUCCCUCCUCUAAACAUGACCUUAAAUUACCCAAUCUAAAUUAUCACUAAUUAUAUCACUUUUUUUUUUACUAAAGAAGUUAAUUGAGGCACGAUUACUACCCUACAGAAAUACUUUAGAUUUACCCCUUUUCGUGCCCUCGAAUUACAACUUUUUUUCUCUCCAAAACUUGUUAAAAAACCUAAUCUUAAAUUUACAACAAAAAACUCUAUAAAUGAUAUAAAUAUAUUUUUAUUACAGGAAUUCGAUAUACAUUUAUAACUUCAUCAAAAAUUUAAACACAUUUUUGCUUUUUUAAAAAAAUUAUACAUUAUCAGAAAAUCGUAAAACAAAGAAUUCUUUGAUCUAAAGAAGAAUCUGGCAACCGUGUUUCAAAUCUGUAACAGACUUGUGUGUCUUUUUUAAAAAAAAAUAAAUAAAAAAUAAUGUCAUAAAAAAUAUACACCCACUUUAAUUUUUGCAAAGUAAAAACAAAAGUAUGUUUUAAUUUUUUUCACUGCCUCCCCCCCCCCCCCAAACCCCCGGGAAAAAAUGUCUGAAAGAAUCACUGAUUACUUAAUAGAUGAUUCAUCCUAUAUUAGAAGCAUAUUUUUCAAAAAGGAAACAGGGAAAGACCAGAGGUCAAUGGUAAAGUUCAAGGCCAGAGAGAUAAUAAUAAUAUAUAAAAAUACAACUCUAAAGUGCUUGCGUGCGUAACCUUGAAAGAUACUUAAAAAGUAAAUGCCAACUUCUGGGUGGGUGUGUCCGGAUUGUGCUUUUCGGAAUAAAGCUGAUUGAAUGACUUGUUGGCUCAGAAAAGUACGUCUAAAUUGGUCAGUGACACUCGGCACAUGACUGCACUUUCAAAUUAGUCAGUGAUGGUUAGCACAGAAAAGUAUGACUAAAUUAGUCAGUGAUAGUUAGCAAAGAAAAGUGUGACUAAAUCAAUAAGGGACAAUUAGCACAGAAAAGUAUGAAUAAAUUAGUCAGUGAUAGUUAGCAAAGAAAAGUCUGACUAAAUCAAUAAGGGACAAUUAGCACAGAAAAGUAUGACUAAAUUAGUCAGUGAUAGUUAGCAAAGAAAAGUCUGACUAAAUCAAUAAGGGACAAUUAGCACAGAAAAGUAUGAAUAAAUUAGUCAGUGAUAGUUAGCAAAGAAAAGUCUGACUAAAUCAAUAAGGGACAAUUAGCACAGAAAAGUAUGACUAAAUUAGUCAGUGAUAGUUAGCAAAGAAAAGUCUGACUAAAUCAAUAAGGGACAAUUAGCACAGAAAAGUAUGAAUAAAUUAGUCAGUGAUAGUUAGCAAAGAAAAGUCUGACUAAAUUAUUCCGUGAUAGUCAGCACAUAAAGGUACGACCCAAUCUGUCAGUGACACCAGUGCCAGAUUGACCUAUCAACUAAAUAAGCCACAGCUUGGGGCACAGGUCAUUCUCCUUUUCAUUGCAAAUUGCCGUAGAUUUUCUUGUUUCCUAGUUUACAAAAUUGAAGAGCAAUCUAACCGUACAACUCAUUCAAUGGGCUGCAUAUUGGGCCGUCUCACGGCUUGCAUAUUGGGCCGGCUCACGGCUUGCAUAUUGGGCCGGCUCACGGCUUGCAUAUUGGGCCGGCUCACGGCUUGCAUAUUGGGCCGGCUCACGGCUUGCAUAUUGGGCCGGCUCACUGCUUGCAUAUUGGGCCGGCUCACUGCUUGCAUAUUGGGCCGGCUCACUGCUUGCAUAUUGGGCCGGCUCACGGCGGUUACGAUGCGCUCGGCGCCGUAAUCGCGGCAAAAUUUGUUAAAAUAAAAAACAACAUCUUUCUCUGAACUCUUCCCAUGGUUUCCAGAUUGCGACAGUUGCCUACUUUGACCCAACCUAAUGAUGUCUAGCGCCGACCCUGAAUAUGCACACAGUGUAACUGAACAAAUCUACCAAAGAAAUUAAACAACCCCUGAAACCAAAGUUUUUUCAUAAAUAUAAAUCCUUCAUAAAAUUUAAUAUUUAACAAUGGGGGGGGGGGGGGAUUGCAAAAAAAUAAAAAAAAAAAAGUCAUUUACUUUAUAAAAAUUCCAAUUAUGGCUACCCCCCCCCCCAACCCAAAAAAAAAAAGAAAAAAAGUUCAAGUCUCGCACCUGCAUAUUUCUUUCACGCCCCUGAACUCUAUUCAUAUUCUCAUGGCCCAGCCACUUUUUCAACGCAUAUUUAUUCCACCAAACAUGUCAGAAAAAAACAAAAGAAAAUAUUACGCACCAAACGCACUUGCGACUUGCGAUAUUUAUUUGAAAAGCAUCUCAUUUAGCGCGGUUAUCGGGAAUUUUUUGUCUCGUGAAUUCGUUGUCAUCAUACUUCCUUCAUCUGCCACUUGAAACACAGGGGAAAACUUAUUUAUGGGGGUUGGGGCUGAACAUUUGAUAGAAUGUGUUGUCAUCGGCAACAAGUCUUAUGUGCCAAGUUUCAGAUUGAUAGAUUUGACAGGAGUGGGUCAAAGGAAGCCCGAAGAUUUGGCCACCCAGUCACCCACGAACAAAAGUCAAGUUAAUUUAAAGGAAUUUAACAUUUUAAACGCGGUUUCAUUACACAAUAAUCAAUAUAAUUUUUCAAUUUUUUAAAAAUUCAGAUGAAUACAUCACAAUGACAGUAGAAAGUCAAGGAAAUGGAUUGAGAUUUCUGCAAAAUAUUUGGGUAUCCAAUAGCAUCACGAUAAAGCUCAAAGAGCGGCAACGAGCCGCAUUUGUCCGACCACUGUUUGCCGGCUAUAUUUUAAAAAAUCUAACUUAGAUAGCUCCUGUAAUUUCAAACGCCAGGGAGCCUCAGGCAAUUAUUGUAUAACUUAGGGUUUAUGGACUUUGUAUAGCUUAGGGCCUCAGCACCUGUCAUGGUUAGCACAGAAAAGUACGCAUAAAUUAGCCAGGGACAUUUUGUAAACAAAAAGCAGCAGGGAAACAUAAUCAGUCGCUGCUUGUUCCCCCCUGAUUGGUUAGAUAAAUAAAUAAACACGGCUGACCUCAGCAUAGAAUAAUGGCCGCUCUCUUCCAUUUUGUUUUUGCUUUUUGUCCAUGGUGUUUCGGUUCAAUGACUUUGUUGAAAUCUAUGUAAUCACAAAAGGGGAUUAAUGAACUUGACGAGGGACCUGCACAGGUUUAGAACCAUCGAUUUAGCCUUUUCUAAAAAGGUACUGCUGACCUUCAUAGAGGGAGUAAUAUUCGGCUAUUUGUUGUUGUUUUUUUGUUGUUUUUUUUGUGUGCUACGUUGCACCUUGUCAACACCGCACCUCAAAUAAUGGUUGUAAAACUAGUUUGGUUUUGUUACUUUUGAAAGAAAUGUAUGCACACACACGUAGAGCUAAGACCAAAGUGGUGUCACGGAAUGGACACCAAGGGGCGGGCACUACUGAGUAUUGGAUGACGCGGUAUCGACCCGAGUAUCGAUUGAUGGGAAUGUUGCCACAACACCGCCCUAACGAUACCCAUCUCCCCCAGUGACAACUCUGGGGUCCCCAGCAAAUUGCCCCGCCACAUAAAGGCAUAUCUGACCCCCGGGCGGUGCCCUAAUGAUUUGGUCGUCCACUCACAGUCGUCAGCACAACAAACUAGGGCGAAUUGUAUAGGAUCGUGUAGCCCGGGGGAGGGGUCGGAUUGCCCGUGGGGUCAGUGUGUAGAGUUAAAGACCAAAUAUUCAAUGGACAGACAGGGAAUUCAUGUCUUAAUCAAGAGAAUAAUUGGUUCAGUCAAUUUCUACAUAAACAGAUGAUUAAUUACACACAAUAUGACAUCACUCAUUCAGUUGAUCACUGUAGAAAUACAUUCUUUACCCACAAAUUGACAGCUCUGUUAGAAUCAAUCAUCUAUAUAAGCAUAGGAUCAAUCAUCUCUAAUCUCUGUUAGGAUCAAUCGAUUUAUUAUAAAACUGUAACAAUGGAAGUGUAAUGCCAAAAGCUUAUUAUCAACCUUUUUAUUUGUGUUGAAGGGAAGACACUCUUGAGUCAACAUUAUGUAUUUCGAUCAACAUUUACUUACACAAAUAUUCGUUGUUUUUAUGUUUAUCUUCUUUUUUUCGUUCUCUUCUUCUGUACAAGUUAAACAUACAUUUGUCAAGAAUAUGCCUACAAGAAUAUGCCUACAAGAAUAUGCCUACAAUAAUAUGCCUAUAAUAUGCCUACAAGGAUAUGCCUACAAGAAUAUGCCUACAAGAAUAUGCCUACAAUAAUAUGCCUACAAGAAUAUGCCUACAAGAAUAUGCCUACAAGAAUAUGCCUACAAUAAUAUGCCUACAAGAAUAUGCCUACAAGAAUAUGCCUACAAGAAUAUGCCUACAAGAAUAUGCCUACAAGAAUAUGCCUACAAGAAUAUGCCUACAAGAAUAUGUUGUAAGAAACGCAUUCGUUGCGUGUUCAAAAAGAAUGCGUCAAAAUGACGUACGACCGUGGACUGUGAUUAUAAUGACUGUAGUCACGGCUUUUUUCUAAAUCCGUUGUUAAUACCUUCGAACAACAGCCUGGUGUUCGGUGUUUCAAAUGAGGUCACGUCAGUCUGUAUUUCGCCGGCCACUCUGCACUGUUCUUGCUAUCACAACCACACAAAACAAGGGCGUUGUUAACUCAAGAGAAACGCUGACUCUUCCAACUGCUCAUCAAAAUUAAAGUUAGCAAACAAUGGGCUUUGAACUUCACAAUGGCGAACUGUAGAUUCCCUCGAAUUAACGAGUGUGUGACUAGCUGGUAUUAUUAACGACUGUCUCAAACGCCCGGCUUCAAGCAAUUAGAUUACUGCUUGACGGCUGCACACAGCAAUAGAUUACUGCUUGACGGCUGCACCCAGCAAUAGAUUACUGCUUGAGGGCUGCACGUGGAACCAGUCAUCAAUCUUUCUCAGCGUCGUUACUAACAACACAUCAGCUAGAAACCUCUUGAGAUAUCUGCCCAUUAUGUGGGAUAUCUACCCAUUGUGUGGGAUAUCUGCUUAUUGUGUGGGAUAUCUGCCUAUUGUCUGGGAUAUCUGCCUAUCGUGUGGGAUAUCUAUCCAUUGUGUGGGAUAUCUACCUAUUGUGUGGGAUAUCUAUCCAUUGUGUGGGAUAUCUACCCAUUGUGUGGGAUAUUUACCUAUUGUGUGGGAUAUAUACCCAUUGUGUGAGAUAUCCACCUAUUGUGUGAGAUAUCUACCUAUUGUGUGAGAUAUCUACCUAUUGUGGGGGAUAUCUACCUAUUGUGUGAGAUAUCUACCUAUUGUGUGAGAUAUAUACCCAUUGUGUGGGAUAUCUACCUAUUGUGUGAGAUAUCUACCUAUUGUGUGAGAUAUCUACCUAUUGUGUGAGAUAUCUACCUAUUAUGUGGGAUAUCUACCUAUUGUGUGAGAUAUCUAACUAUUGUGUGGGGUAUCUACGUAUUGUGUGAGAUAUCUACCUAUUGUUUGAGAUAUCUACCUAUUGUGUGAGAUAUCUACCUAUUGUGUGAGAUAUCUACCUAUUGUGUGAGAUAUCUACCUAUUGUGUGAGAUAUCUACCAAUUGUGUGAGAUAUCUACCAAUUGUGUGAGAUAUCUACCUAUUGUGUGAGAUAUCUACCUAUUGUGUGAGAUAUCUACCUAUUGUGUGAGAUAUCUACCUAUUGUGAGUGUUGACAUAGUUCAAAAGGAUUUAUAUUUUUUUGUAAAAAUCCUUUGUAUAAGUUUAACUUUUGUGUCGUGGGUUAGUUGCUGGCAAAAUCUAAGGACGGCUAUUUGACCCACUUCCCGUCGAGCUAUCGAGCUGAAACUUAGGACCUAGACUCGUUUCCGAUGACAAUGGAUUUUAUCAAAUGUUCAGCCACACUCCGAUAACCCCAUUUUCCCUGUUUUCCAAGGUGAGCAUGUAGGAAAAUUUCCGAUUUCUGCGCUGAAUACGAUUAUUGAAACAACUUUCUUUUUAAGUGCGUAAUAUUUUCUUUUGCUUUUCUGAAAUAAAUCUGUGAUGUAAAGGCGGGUGUGUCAUUAGAAUAUUCAUAAAAUUCGCGGGCUUUGAAAAAAAGGAGCGAUUUCGAGCCUUGGGAAGGGGCGCAUUAAUUUGGAUUCUUAUGAAGUGCUUUAUUGGUAUGCAUGUUUUGUCAACUUCCAGCCCCACCCUCAUUGCCUGAUGGUACAUAUAUUUUAUAAAUACUUUUUACGAAGACUUUGUUUUUUAGGAUUGUUUAUUUUUUUCGCUCGUUGUAUUAACUGUAUGUAACAGAGAAUGAAUCUAAUCUUUCUUAUCUUUUUUUUUUUCACUCAGGAAUAAUUGUUCGAAGCAAUGAAGACAUCUCAGUCUACGUUCACAAGCAGCUCGGUGACUCCAUGACAGUGUUCCCCGUCGACGCCCUUGCCCGCACGUACGAGAUCCCUCGCCUCGCGCCACCCACCAGCCCCGGCAGCAAGGCCAUCGCCACCCUGUUCGUCUUCACGCCCUUCAACAACACCAGCAUCGCCGUGACCACCCUCCGUGAAAUCGACGGCGCCGCCACCACCUCGCCCACAUCAUCGCCCACACCGCUCCCCUCCUCAUCUUUAUCCUCAACGUCCAUGGUCUUACUAGAUGCCUUUGAGAUUUCCAAGUACAUUAUAAAUCCACAGCUUCGCUACCGCCUCAGCUCUACUGAUGUGUUUGGCGUAAUACUUGUACAAAGCAGGGAUCCCACACUACAGAACGACAGCUAUUGUAAAAAUAUUUCCUUGUUUGACUUCGUGCCGCCGUACUCAGUGCGAGGUACUCAGUUCUACAUAGCUUUCCCCAAUGUCACGGAUUUUACCAUGUUUAUUCAAGGUGAGUACGGAGUUCAAGAACAAGCGUUUUUUUUUUCUUCCAUUGCGAUGUUAGUCAACUACGUCAUAAUCGAUCAAGUACCUUGACCCACUUUCAUCAGUUUGCAAUUUGUAUCUUUAAAAUAAUAUGAUUAAAAAAAAACACAAGGUUAUGAAUGAUAAUGUGAAUAGUUGGGCAAAGUUGAAGGGUCACGGUAAUAGUUGGCCAGAGUUGAACUGUCACGGUAAUAGUUGGGCAGAGUUGAAGGGUCACGGUAAUAGUUGGCCAGAGUUGAACUGUCACGGUAAUAGUUGGGCAAAGUUGAAGGGUCACGGUAAUAGUUGGCCAGAGUUGAACUGUCACGGUAAUAGUUGGGCAGAGUUGAACUGUCACGGUAAUAGUUGGCCAGAGUUGAACUGUCACGGUAAUAGUUGGCCAGAGUUGAACUGUCACGGUAAUAGUUGGGCAAAGUUGAAGGGUCACGGUAAUAGUUGGUCAGAGUUGAACUGUCACGGCAAUAGUUGGGCAGAGUUGAAGUGUCACGGUAAUAGUUGGGCAGAGUUGAAGGGUCACGGUAAUAGUUGGCCAGAGUUGAACUGUCACGUUAAUAGUUGGGCAGAGUUGAAGGGUCACGGUAAUAGUUGGCCAGAGUUGAACUGUCACGGUAAUAGUUGGGCAAAGUUGAAGGGUCACGGUAAUAGUUGGCCAGAGUUAAACUGUCACGGUAAUAGUUGGGCAGAGUUGAACUGUCACGGUAAUAGUUGGGCAAAGUUGAAGGGUCACGGUAAUAGUUGGCCAUAGUUAAACUGUCACGGUAAUAGUUGGGCAAAGUUGAAGGGUCACGGUAAUAGUUGGCCAGAGUUGAACUGUCACGGUAAUAGUUGGGCAAAGUUGAAGGGUCACGGUAAUAGUUGGCCAGAGUUGAACUGUCACGGUAAUAGUUGGCCAGAGUUGAACUGUCACGGUAAUAGUUGGGCAAAGUUGAAGGGUCACGGUAAUAGUUGGCCAGAGUUGAACUGUCACGGUAAGAGUUGGGCAGAGUUGAAGUGUCACGGUAUGAGUUGAACUGUCACGGUAAUAGUUGUGCAGAGUUGAAGGGUCACGGUAAUAGUUGGGCAGAGUUGAACUGUCACGGUAAUAGUUGGGCAGAGUUGAACUGUCACGGUAAUAGUUGGGCAAAGUUGAAGGGUCACGGUAAUAGUUGGCCAGAGUUGAACUGUCACGGUAAUAGUUGGGCAGAGUUGAAGUGUCACGGUAAUAGUUGGGCAGAGUUGAAGUGUCACGGUAAUAUUUGGGCAGAGUUGCAGUGUCACGGUAAUAGUUGGGCAGAGUUGAAGGGUCACGGUAAUAGUUGGCCAGAGUUGAAGGGAAUAAUUUGGAAGAUUUCAAGGGUAACGUGAAUAAUUGUACAGAGUUCAAGGGACAUGUGAACACUUAAAUACAUAAAAAUGCACAAAGUAACUUAUCAAGGCAACUGAUCAAAAUUACAUUUUCUAUUAAAUUCCCCCACCCCCUACUUAGGUUACCCCAACGACACAGUGGACAUCACCACAGACCUGAUGUUUACGGAAUUUGUACUCGACCAGUCAGGCUCCAGCAUUCGUGACGUCACCAGGACCACAUCUGCGUGGGUGUCGGCGACACACGACAUCAGCAUCUACGUCAAACUGACCAUCUGCAGCAACGCGUCCUCCCCACCGAGACUGUGCGCCGACAACGGCUUUUUUCUCCCGAGCGUCGACC